AUGGCCGCUGUUACGCCAUCCAACAGUCGGUUGAAGCUGACGCCCUCCAACUCUCCCUUUCUGGGACGUCCCUCGAGAUCCCCUAUGCGCGGUCGCCACCAGGAAUCCUGGCUCUCCUUGCGGAGAGUGGUCGGUACGACUUGCCGCUCCCAAACCGGGUUCGACACCCUCGAUUCUUCCUUUGCCUAUGUUGCUGGAGGUGCUGUCGUGGUCGUCACUGUCGAAAAUGGAAACUAUACACAGCGCUUCUAUCGCGCCCGACCGGCUGCCGUCCCCAUCUACAAUGCCGCGAACACGCUGCAAAAUACUUCGAGCACGCCUAACUUGACUACUCCUAAGGCGAACGAUAGCCGCGGCAGAGUCGCGCCCUCAAACCGAGACUCCAUAUAUGGUUCGGUCGAUUGGGCCGAUUCCCCCACCUCCAAAACUUGGACUAGCAGAGAAAGGAUCAAGGCUGCGACCUGCGUUGCGCUCAGCCGCGAUGCCAAGUUUCUCGCUGUUGGCGAGACAGGCUAUGCGCCUCGAGUUCUAAUCUUCAACCUCCAAGAAGCCUCAUCUGACACACCACUCGUUUCCAUUAGCGAGCAUACCUUUGGUGUAAACGCCGUGGCUUGGUCGGCAGACUCACGAUAUCUUGCCUCAUUGGGUGCUGCUAAUGAUGGCUUCCUAUACAUCUGGAAGGUCGAGCCCCGGACCGGGCAAACGAAGCUGUUUCAGCAGAAUCGAUGCACUUCAUAUAUCCGACACAUGACAUGGAUGGGUAGCAACCUCAUCACGCUUGGUGUGCGCCAUGUCAAGAUUUGGAGAGUCGAGGACGGGUCUUCAUCCCCGACAAAGAGUCGGCACUUUAAUGAUUCUGCUCCUUCUACCCCGACAUCUUGUCAAAAGACACUGCCUGGUCGCAAUGUCUUGCUGGGGGGUCUCCUUGACGCAAUUUUUACCUGUGCCGCCGUGGAUGGAAAUCGACUCCUCGUAUGCACCGAGGCUGGGGACGUCUGCAUUAUGGACGACGACGACAGACAAAUGAAGCUUGUUAAAGCAGUCACUUUGAAUUUCGCUAUUACCACUAUUACCAUAAAGGGAGACGUCGCCUACGUUGGGGGAAAAGAUGGCUCUUUUGCCACAUUGGACGUUCUAGCGGUCAUGGACGGUGGUGGCGACGAUUGCAUCUUGACCACGGCGACUGCACCAACAGGAGUGCUGGCCCUGGGUUUUCUAAAUGACAAUCUCGUCACUAUUGAUUCGAAGCAGUCCAUUGACAUUUGGUCCCGCAAUCAUUUGCCUGGUCAAAAGCAAGACGCAAUUGCCCACAUCCCCAUCCCUGGCCACGGCGAAUCCAUCAACGGGGUACAUCCGCUCCGCCGCCCUAAUAAGCCCAAUGCGUCAUUCAUUACCUGGUCGGGAUCAGGAAACGUCACGUUCUGGGAUACAGAAGGUCGACAGAAACUGUCGGUGGACGUUCCUAUCGACGCGGUUGAGAUUGACUCAGAAAUGGGCAUCAGCAACCAGGUUACUUGCGUUGAAACACUACGCAACGGCAAGCAACUCAUCGUCGGGGACCGGCUAGGAAUAAUGAAGAUCUUUGACGUUGAUACAAAGGAGUUGCUGCUUGACACCAAAGCCCACGCCAUGCACUGUGUCGGCAUUAGCGUCUGCGAAACCCCGAACAAAUUCAUAAUUGCAAGCUGCGGCCGUGACAGGACCGUGCAGCUUUUCCACCAGUUGUCUGAUGGGCAGAUAGAACACUUCCAGACACUCGAGUUCAAUGCGAGAGUCGUACAAGUUCUGAUUCCCUCGGAUGACAAAGUCAUUACUUGUUCCCUUGACCGGUCUCUGCAGAUUCAUGAUCUUGUCACCCGUGAUGGCGAGCCUGACGUCAUUGCCGCUCUGCCCUCCAAGGUUAUAUCUCUCAAAGCGUCUCCCACCAGCUUACUCAUGGGACCGGACCGCCGCAGCAUAUAUGUUUCACUAUUAGACCGAUCCGUGUUCCAGUUUGAUCUUUUCACUGGCCGACAAGUCUCUUGCUUCAAGUGCAUAGAUGAGGGCGGCGUCGAGUCUGCCGUGCUGGAUGACUUGACCCUCGGCAAUUGGCCGGCCCGCGAUCUCGACUUUAUUAUUGGCACUUCUAAUACCGACAAGUCGAUACGAUUGUACGAUGCGCGAUCAGGGUCUUUCCUCGAUCGUGAGUGGGGACACACUGAGGCGAUUAACGGAGUGUGCAUAGUGGAGGACGAUGAUGGAUCGAAGAAAGUUGUCAGUGCCGCAUCGGACGGCACUAUCAUGGUUUGGCUGCUGGACUUCUUCGAGUGCUCGCCGAAAUCAACGAGCCGUGACCCGUCGCCCGCAAAAGAAAGCAGCAUCACCGGCAGACCUACAUUGAGGAAGGUGCUUUCACGGGCUGAGCUGGCAGAGUUUCAGCGCUCAACUCCGACCAACAACAGACAAAAGUCGCCGCCACGCACAUUACCGCGACGAAGCUCGCGCCUGAAUAUGAAAAAUGCCACCGGUACUCUGAAUGGGCAAGGCAAUGGCACAAUUGCCGAAAGCACCCCAUCGAGGCGCAGACCUUCUGUCAGCCAGGGAGCUAGUCCGCCACCCAGUCCGAAAGGUCGUAUCAGUCGUCGCCCAUCGCUACCAGCACUGGGCGCAACCGCACGCAAGAAGUCAUCCGCGACAAACUUGAGAGCACAAAACACGCUGAACACGGCUACAGAGCAAGCAUGUCGAACGUUGCGUGCCUACAGACGCAAGCUCUCGUCUGCAGAGCCCAUCACGGCUGAAUGCUUGACGGAGCUGGAUCAAGAACUCCGCCUCACGGCCGCUGCUUUGGGUGAUCGCGCUAUCCGCAGCAAAGCCAUGAAUGAGACGGUCCUCAGCGGGUUAUUGGACCAGUACUCCGAACGACUCGUCACGUUGCUUGACGAGAAACUACGGCUCACUACGCCGACCAAGGACCGAGAGACGGACAACUCGACAGUAGAGCGCCGUGGCAGUGCCUCGAGCAGCUCCAACACAUCAUCUUCGCCAUGA